AUGGCACAAUAGUGCUAUAAAUUAGGACGACCCUCAGGAUGGCAUUCUCACAGAUCAGUUUCACCCGCUGUUUAGAAUCAUGGCCGACCAUAAACCUCAGACGACACCAUGGGGCUACCGCUGGAGAAGCUCCGAAACUUUCAUCUUGGCCACGGUAUCCUUAGGGAUCAUGCGGAGCAUGUUCCUCUGGAGUUUCAUCAUCCCGCUGCUUCCUUACAUGCUGGAAGACCGGAUUGGUCUUGACAGGAACAAGACACAGGAGGUGACGUUUCUCGUGCUGGCAGACACGGCACUCACGUCCGCCGUGUCUAGCCCGCUCAUUGGUAUUCUGGCAGACCGUUGGAGAGCUAAGAGGGCGUUUCUCCUGUUCUCUGUGGUCUUAGCAACGGGUUGUACCAUCAGCAUCUCACUUGCGCGUAAUCUAUAUAUCAUCUUCAUCGCGCGGUUCCUUCAAGCCAUCGCCGACAACUGCAUGUGGAUUGGCGGCCUGGCCGUGAUCGGCCGGACCUUCCCAGCCAGCCAUUUCGGCAGGGUCAUGAGCGUGCUGUCUGUAACCGUUGCCGUCGGGACCUCCAUGGGUCCUGUGCUGUCGGGGAUCAUCCUAGAGAAUGGGGGCUACUGGGCCGCAUGGAGCAGCGCCUUCGUCGUACUAUCGGUCGAUGCAAGCCUGCGCCUGCUAAUGAUUGAGCGCCCACCCCAGCAACCAACUCCGCACAAAGCCCCCUCCUCCACAACCGACCCUGAACGCGCCCCUUUACUCUCCCGCACCAUCUCCACUGACUCCUGGCGCCACCAACGAGCAACCCCGGACCCAGACCCGAACGGCGCGACAGCAACCGCAGGAACUCCCGAAAAGUCCGGGCUGGCAUACUACAGCUACCUCUUCCGCCAACCGCGCUUCACCGCCGCCAUCACCUCCUACGUCUUCUGCGCCAUGCUCAUCGCCAGCUUCGACACCACCUUGCCCCUGCACAUCCGCGACGUCUUCGGCUGGGGCAGUGCUCCGGCGGGAUUGCUGUUCGUGGGGCUCCAAGUCCCCGGGAUCCUGUUGACGCCCGCAUGCGGGUGGCUGAAGGACCGCGUCGGCACGCGGCUGCCGACCGGCGUGGGAUUUCUGUGUCUGGUCCCAGCCCUCUGGGCCCUGGGGGUGCCAGGAGACGCACGGUUCCCAUGGGCGAGUGGAGACACCCAGACGGGGAUGGUGCUGUAUGUUGUGGCAGUGGUCGUAAUCGGGUGUUUCUUUUCGCCGCUUAAUGGGGUGGGAUUUUUAGAGGCGACGCUCACAAUCAACGACCUAGAGGCGAAACACCCCGGCAUCUUCGGCCCCAACGGCGGCCACUCCCGCGCGCAGUCCAUCGCGUGGAUGGGCUGGACGAUCGGCAUGUUUCUCGGCCCGAUUGUCUCGGGUUUGUUGGUUGAGCGCGUUGGGUAUGGAAAUUUGAAUUUUAUUUUUGGUCUCCUGUCGCUUUUCUUCUCGGUGGUUGCGUUUUCGAUGCUUUCGGGGAGGCAGAAGGAUCAGGAUUGA